AGACAGAGAGAGACAGAGACAGACAGAGAGAGAGAGAGAGAGAGAGAGAGAGAGAGAGAGGACCACGCUGCCCUCGGGACACCAGCCCCCCGACUCGCCAUAAUGCUACUGCGCAUCAGAGCCUCCCUCAUCACGAGCAGCCGCGUCGUCCAGAGCGUCAGGCCGCUGCACCGCUCUCCCGUCGUCACGAUGCCCAUCCAGAUUGGUGAACAACUGCCCGCAGUCGAGGUGCAGGAAGGGGAGCCAGGAAAUAAGGUGGCGAUGGAUCAGCUCUUCAAGGGAAAGAAAGGAGUCCUCUUCGCUGUACCUGGAGCUUUUACCCCUGGUUGUUCCAAGACUCACCUCCCAGGUUUUGUGCAGCAGGCUGCGGACUUGAGGAGUAAAGGUAUUCAGGAGGUUGCAUGCGUGUCUGUCAAUGAUGCGUUUGUCAUGGCUGCGUGGGGAAAGGAGCAUGGAGCAGAUGGCAAGGUUCGAAUGCUCGCUGAUCCCACUGGAGCAUUUACAAAGGCAAUUGACCUGUUACUUGACAGUGAUCAGAUUGUGCAGGCACUUGGGAACAAGCGAUCCAAGAGAUAUGCCAUGCUGGUGGAAGACGGGGUCGUGAAGAAGAUCAAUGUGGAGCCUGAUGGCACUGGGCUGACCUGCAGCCUGGCUUCCAAUGUUCUGUCUGAGCUGUAGGCUUAUUUAGAGCUCAUUAAACCAAAAUGCAAACCUUAAGUUACUGUUAAAGUUGCACUAACAAAACUUAGUAUUCAACUCCCUCAAGCUUCCUCCUUUUCCCAAAUACGGAUGCAAAUGUCAUGUGGAUGCUAGUGUCAAAAAGCAAUGGUGGAAGGUAAUUAAUGCGCACAAAUGUGACACCAAAGGCAAUCUAAUGGAACUUUCAUUAACCUCUGUACACUGUUUCUUGUGAGUAAAUAAAAUUCACCCUGAAAGAAAUUA